AAGCCUAGUCCACAGAGGAGCAAUCUGUUUGACGGACUGAUCGACAAGAGCAAGAGAGAUGUUUCUUGCAAUGCUGGCAGGGACACAGUAAAACUGCAGAACACUUAUGGUCUAGAAAGCGAGUGGCGCAGCUGAAGGCCCAAGAUGCCCGAGCAGAGCAACGACUACCGUGUGGUGGUGUUUGGAGCAGGGGGUGUGGGGAAGAGCUCCCUGGUGCUCCGUUUUGUGAAAGGCACUUUCCGGGACACCUACAUCCCGACAGUGGAGGACACGUACCGGCAGGUGAUCAGCUGUGACAAGAGCGUCUGCACCCUGCAGAUCACAGACACAACCGGCAGCCACCAGUUUCCUGCCAUGCAGCGUCUGUCCAUCUCCAAGGGUCACGCAUUCAUCCUGGUCUACUCCAUCACUAGUAAGCAAUCCCUGGAAGAAUUAAAGCCCAUAUACCAGCAGAUUCUUGCUAUCAAAGGCAACGUAGAGAACAUCCCCAUCAUGCUCGUGGGAAACAAGAGUGAUGAGACUCAACGGGAAGUGAAGACCGAGGAUGGAGAGGCCCAGUCCAAGAUCUGGAAGUGUGCUUUCAUGGAGACCUCGGCUAAGACUAACCACAAUGUCACUGAGCUUUUCCAGGAGCUUCUCAACUUGGAGAAGAAGAGGAACAUGAGUUUGAACAUCGAUGGCAAGCAUUCUGGGAAGCAAAGCCGGGCUGACAAGCUGAAGGGGAAAUGCAGCGUCAUGUAGAGCGCUUGUUAGAGACAUGGUGAGAUAAAGCGGAGAGAUAGAGUGAUAAAAUAACAAAGGAAAGGAACUGAGGGGGAAAAAAUUAAUGGAGAUGGUGUUAUUUGACAUUUCAUGCUUAUUUCCGAUAACAAGGAUUUUACACUGAUGUCUCAAAUUUCAUCCUUCACCACAGUAUUUGGCCUUAACAAGCACUGGCCUGUUCAUAUUGCCUUGUCUGUUUCUAUUACAGAGCAUCGCCACCAUCUCUCACAUCUGAGAAAAAUUCAGACAGCAAUCGUUUGCUAAACAGCCCUUUUUGAGUUCAUGAUGCAAAUAUUUGUAUUCAAUGGUUGCUCCUGCAUAGCUAAAGCAGUCAGGCUUUAUAUCGGCCUUGAGAUGGUAUCCAGACAUAAGACUUUGCAUAAUGACAACUAAACGUUUGUUUUGUAUAUUUAUUCAAAUUGAGUUGAGCAAGUAGCAUCAGUAUGAGAUUAUAUAACAAUAUAGUCAAACCACCCUUUAAUACUUUACUACAGGUUGUGUAGAAUCCACUUAUAUUUGUUGUCCUCAUAAAAUUUUGAUGAUUAAUUUUGCAUGCCCUCGUAUCUUAAAAAAUACUAACCGAUAUUUAGGACAAUGAUUUUGUUAAACAUUAGCAAAAUACCAGAGAAACAUAAUGCUUUGUAAAAUUAUUACCUGCAGUGACAUCAAGGCAGAUCAAAAAUCUGAAAGCAUAUAGACACUUCAUAUUUCAUGCAGAUGUAUACAUGCUUAUGUAAAGCAGCAAGCACUCAUUAUAAUCAUCAUCUCUGGAAUUCAGCUGCUCAAAAUUGAGACACUUCUGGCCUCCCUAGUAAUUUAGAGUGAGCCAGAAUCUCCAUCUUCUUUUUUUAUGUUUCUCAAGAUUAACUGCUCAUAUUUUAUAACUGUAUAACUGAGACAAUAACAAAUGUAGUCAAUCAGAAAAUGAAUGCAUUUGCAGGAGGUGCAUUUUGGCAGCAAAACUAAAUCGAGGAAGCAAGUCUUCUACCCUAUUUACAGAGACUAAUGUGAACAUUGAAGAGUAUAUAUAAUAUGGCCACCUGAAGUUAUAAGAGUUUUAGGAUAAAGAAACCAAAUAUUUAAUGUUCAAACAUUUCAAAUGUAUCCCAGAAUUAGCCGUUUUUAUUUACAUCACUGUACCAGACAUUACAGGAGUUUUUGGGUUGAAACAAUUCAGUUUAUGUGUUCUCAGUGACCCUUAUAAGAACGCCACCAACCUGUUUCAGUUUCCGUAAGAGAAUGCAAUCACACUGCAAAUCAGCCUUUGACAAAAGAAAGCUUCAAAGGGCCUUGAUUGUAUAGCAUUAUAUUUUUAUUUAACCAGCUGAUUGCUUUUGUACACUGAUGUGAGAAAGAGCCCGUUUAAUAUGUUUUCAGGUUGUGCAUUACAGAUCUGACAACAUUGUUUAUCCAUGUUGUGCUGGUUUGCUAUUGAACAGGGUACACCAGAAAUGAGUAUAAAAAGAAAGCUUUACACAUCAACAUUUCAGAAAACUAAUAUAAAUAAGACAGAAUUCAUAUGGUUUAUUUUGUUAGACUUGUAAAUUAAGCAAUUUUGGUGACAUUAUAAUCCUGUGGUAAAAAGCGACUUAUUAAAAAUAAGUAUAUUAAACACUCAGAUAUGAAUGAUAACAUUUCACACGAGGAAAACCAUACAUUUUAUUUUGGGGCAGGUAGAAAAAUAGCAUUAUAAAUAAGUAGAAGUGUAUUAUAUCCCACCCCCUGUAUACAGUAGCUAUAAUGAUAUACUGUGACAAGCAUUGAAAUAGAACAGAAAACAAUAUCGUCAGUCAUAGGCCUAUAUAGUUUCCGGUUUGCUGUCAGUUAAUAUUAUGACUCAGCCUGUUGCCUCUGAUUGAUGUAUAUAUGAUUAAUAUUUUAAUAUUAGUUCCCUGGAUGCCACACCAACACAUUCAUCCCCUUAAAAUGGUGCUAUAAUUUACCACCUCCCUACUGGUGACAGCAGUUCUGCUCUGCAUGGUUUAUGCAGUCAUAUCAUGAUAAUAAUCCCCUCUUUUAUCACUCUGCAGAGUUUUGCUGAUUUAUGGCUUUGUAAUUUGCUAAAUUCAGAACAACGCCUCAUCCAUCUAUCGUGACUGUAUUCGAAUCCAUUAUACCUGAAUCUACGUGUCCAAUCUCUAUAAAGCCCCCCUGCGUAUGAGUCACACUGCUGAUACCAUCACACUCUGCAAGCUGCAUGAGAGGAAAACUGCAGAGCGUCUUGCAUUUUACAUGCAUGGGAAGUCUGCGCUCUCUGUAGAGUGUCAGCUACCUGCAAUCCUUUCGGUUGGCUUGCCUCCGCAAUCCCAAUGCCCACCAGUUCUGUGUAUAAAAUCAUUUUUUGAACACAUAUCAUGCACAUUUUAUUGUAAAUAUUUGUAAACUGUAUGUAAAGAAUAUGACACUGUAAAGCAGGGGUCUCCAAACUCGUUCCUGGAGGGCCGGU